AAUAAUAUAACGUGAUUUAAAAAAUGUUCUGGAAUCUAGAUUUUCAUUAUACAUAGUUAUGAAGAUUAGUUUUAAAUAUUAAAAAAAAUCUAAUUACUUUUUCACUGUCGCGUUUAGAAUAUUUUCGUUUUCUAACUAAAUUAUAGGAAUGUCGCGUUCAAUUGUAUUUGGGAUACAUGUUGGAAACUCAACUGCGUCAAUAGCAAUAUUCAAAGAAGAAGGUAAGGUUGAUGUUCUUGCUAAUGAAGCUGGAGAUAGAAUAACCCCUGCGAUUGUAUCUAUAACUGAUGAAGAAACAGUGGUUGGAAAUGCUGCUAAAACAGGUUUUAUAUCUAAACAAGCAAAUACCAUUACUUUUAACAAUCGUUUGAUGAAUCUUUCAUUAGAAGAUAAUGAAAAAUGUUCAUUAAUAGAAAAUAAUAAAGUCAAAACUAUUGAAGAAAGAGGUCAUCUUGCUUAUGAAUUACCUUUGGAGAAUAAAAAAAAAAUUUAUACUCCUCAGUUUAUUGAAUCUAAUAUUUAUAAAACAUUAUAUGGUAUUGCUAAAAGAGCCACUCAUAGUGAAGAUACAAAAUGUUCCUGUGUGGUUACGGUACCAGAAUUUUUUGAUGAUCCUAGCAGAGAAUCAGUUCGAAACGCAGCAAUUCAAGCUGGAUGGAAUGUUCUUCAAGUUGUUAAUGCUCCUAGUGUAACUCCUUUUACCUAUGGAAUUAAUGUUUCAGAACCUUUAAAUGAUAUGUAUAUUUUAGUAUAUAGGCUUGGUGGUAUUAGUUGUGAUGCAACAAUUUUAUAUGUAGAUUCUGGAUUAGUAUCAAUUGUAGCAUCUGAACAUACUAAAGCUAUUGGAGGAUAUAAAUUAAUAGAAUCUUUAAAAGCUCAUUUAAUUGAAGAAGUAAAAAGAAAACAUCGGUCAAAUCCCUCAGAAAAUGCAAGAGCUUCUGCAAAGUUACAAAGAGCUACUGAAGAUGCAGUUCAUUUAUUAUCAACAUUAAAAACUGCAAACAUAUUUAUUGAAUCAUUAACUGAUGGAGUAGAUUUUGCUGCCUCGGUUUCUCGAGCAAGAUUUGAGUCAUUAAUUGCACAUUUAUUGGCCAAUUUUUCUUUGCCAAUUGAAGUGGUUUUAAAGAAAGCCAAUCUUGAAAACUCUAAUAUUAAAAAAGUUAUACUUUGUGGAGGUCCACUCAAAAUUCCAAAAUUGAAAUCUUACAUUGGAAACUUAUUUCCACAUGCAGAUAUACCUAAUGGCAUCAGUCCUGAUGAAGUACUGGCUUAUGGAGCUGCCGUGCAAGCUGGUUUUUUGACAAAAUAUUGGAAUACAGAUAAUGAUUUACCGGAACCUACAACAGAAGUUCAUACUCUAAAAGAAACCGUAGAAGUUGAUUGCUGUGGUGAAACUUUAAAAUUUGAUCAGAAUGAAAUAUUGCCUAGCACAAAAAGUGUUAAAACUAAUGUUACUGUUGAAAAUGUCACUCUUUCAGCCAUAUCUGGCAGUGAUAAGCACAUUAAAUCUGAAGCUCAAGUAAACUUGAAAUCAAAAGGUGAAAUUACUUUUACACUAACUGCUAGUAUAGAUCAGUCAAUACAUGUUGAAGCAAAAAGUGUUGAACCUGAGCUUAAAUCUACUGCUAUAUUUGUAACUGUAUAAUUGUGUCUUUAAAAUACUAAAAUGAAAUUAUUUUAUUUUCAUAUAA